AUGAGGGCCUUCAGCCUCUUCCUCCUUGUCGCCACCGUUUACGCCAUUGCCAUGUACACCGUGGCACAACCCGGUGGUGGAUGGAGAGAAAUGCCGAAACCCGAUCACCCAUUUCUUGUAGAUCUCGGCAAGUUUGCAGUUCAAGAGCACAAAAGCAAGGAAAACCUGGAGUUCAAGAAGAUAGUGAGCGCCAGAGAAUCAUUGGAUUUACAUGGCAAGGGAUUGUACUUUGAGCUUAUCCUCGAUGCAUCGCCCGGCUUUGGCAAGGAAUGUAUUUACAAUGCACUGGUGUUCAUUGAGAAUGUUACUCAUAAAAGGGAGCUUGUUUCCUUUGACGACGAAACCAACCCUCCAACCUGCUCAUUUCCCCCCGCCGAUGCGGUUAUAAUAAGCUAG